GGAGCCUGGAGCUGACAUUGAGCCCCCCAGUGCAGCCCAUGUCUUGCCCCACCACCCCUGACAGCCCUGUGGGGCUGAAGUGUUUUGCCAAAGCUUUCCACAACACCACCCCAACACCCACCUCAGGAUCCCCCACAUCACCUACCCCACAGGAUGGAGGAGAAACCCCCUGCCCUCCCCAGGGAGGCCUGGGAGGAGGACAGCUCUUCCCAGGACAGCAACUCUUCACAGCCCCAGCUCUUCUACGACACAACCACGAUGCAGCCACUGCAGCUUGAUGCCAGCUGGUUGCCUAUAUACAAAGAAUCAGAGGAAGCUGUGGAUUUCAUCGUGGCCUUUGUCAGCAGGCUUGACAAGGACUUGCACAAGUUCACAUUUCUGAAGAGCACCUAUGUCCUGUGCAAAACUGCCUUGAAACACGGCUUGACCCAGGGCCUGGAUUUAUUCUGCCAAACAUGUGAAGUGGUAGAGAAUAUCAAGGAGCUCCUGGAAAAGGAGCCAAGGGACCGUCUGUCCUCGCACAUCCGGUACCUCGCCAUGAUUACCAUCGAUGAAUUAUGCUUGGUGGAGAAUGUGUUGGAGGGCAAAACCAAAAGCCUCCUCUCUGCCUGUUUCUCCAGUGUCUUAUACCUGCACAAGGCUGUGGGGGCUGAAAGGGAAAUGCCACACCACAGUGCUGCCCUCUACACCAAGACCCUGAAAUCCAUGGACAAAAUGCUGAGGACAGUGGUGCUCAGCUUUCCUGUCUCCAGUGUCAGCAAGGAGCUGCAGGACAUCUUUGAGCUGCUGCUGGAGUUCACCAAAUCCCAGAGAGAAGUUGUGCGGGACAGGGCUGUGGGGAGGAUUGGUAUCCUGACCAAUUUGCUGUCCAGCUAUUCCACUCUGAAGGCCUCUGUCAACAUUGGAAGAGACACUUCUGGACCCAUCUGCCCUGAAGACAUCUCAGUCCCAGCCAUAGGAAGGCUGGUGGGACGUCUCAUUCUUUUCCGAUAUUCCAAUGAACAAACAAGCUAUACAGCUUUCCAUGCUCUUUUUUCCCUUGCUGAAUUCCUCUACAAGGCAAGGCCAAGGGAUGGGUCAGACCGAUUCACCUGGGAAGCUGUGACCACCUCCUCGCUGUGUUCCCUGAGCACCGGAGACUGUACCCAGGUAAUGAUCCCCCUCCUUGCUGGGAUUCUUGUCCAUGGCAUCAGCAGGGCACUUGUGUGAGCAAAGGG